UGUCAAGCAGUCAAGUUGGCAACCUGCGGAGCGGAGUUGCUGAGUCUCGAAAUUCCUGAAAUUCCGGCUUGUUUCAAUUUUAUUUCAAGUGAUCAGUGAUCCUAUAUAGCUUAAAUUAAAAAUGAGACUGUAUUCUGAAACACUAUUCUGUAUCUUAAUUUUAAUUUCAUGUGCUUUUUGUGAGAAUAAAUAUUCACGAACCGCCAAUGAAAAGAAGAAAAGCGAUGUCGAGUUUAGAAGUUUAGAAAAGCCUUUCAGGAUGAAUAAACUAAAUUUAUUGUGGACUAAAGCUCGGCAGAGACUAACAGAGCCUAAGCUGAAAUCCUUGUACAGUGAUUUGAUGAUACAAGACAAAGAGGAGCUCAUACACAAGAGGAUGAAGAGUGAGGGAGGAGACAAGGAAGGGUUAAAGGAGGCGGAACUAAGGAGGAAGCUGACCAGCAUCAUGUCUGGUUAUGGACUGCUGCAUCACUUUGAACCUGGUGUGGCUAAGGAGAAAGAUCAUCCUGCUUACAACUCAGCAAUGGAUGACUACAUAAACAAGAGCAUAUUCAAAGACAAGAAGCUCAACUACCUGUGGUCCAAGGCGGAGAAUUCAGGGUUCACUAUGGAGGAGCUGCUGGCUUUACGCGAGGAGUUCACUCAUCACCAGGAGAAGAUUGACCAGUACUAUGAUCUGUUGAGCGAUGACUCGCCUAAAGAUGAUGCUUUUAAAAAUGUUAUAAAUGAAGAUGAAUUAGAUAAGUUCAAUGAAAUCAGCGCACAAACAAAUGAAAUGACAAAAGACUUCAUUGAUAAGGCUAAUUUAAUCAGAGAUAAGCACAACGAUUUGAGGGACGGAUACGAUCGCCUGCAGAGGGUAAUUGCCAAAGCCCCCAACAACAAAGAGUUCAUUGAGCCUAAAGUGCAAGGCCUAUGGAAGAUCGCAGUUGCUGCCAAUUUCACUACAGAGGAACUGGCUUCUUUGAAGGUGGAACUUCAGCAUUACGAGUCUCGUUUGCUAAAACUGCGUCAUUUGCAAGCCAAUAACGUAAGCAAUCGCGAGAAACAUAAGAGCAAGGUGGCUGGAGCUGGUGACAAAAUCAACCACUUCGAGGAACAAGAGCAGUUGAUCAAGAAACAUUCUAGAAAGGUGGAGAAACUCCACGCGGACCUCGAAAGCAAGAUAAUGUCACGUCACACUGAGUUGUAAUGCACUUUGCCAAAGCUGAUCUUCCCAGUACUUUUUGCAUUCUUCCAGUUUUAUGCAUUUAGAACAAAUGUGAUUCUAUUUUUAUGGGUAGCUAUAGAGAACUGGUGUCAAAUGAUUGUAUAGCAUAAUGCUCUAAAAUCAAGUUUACAUAAAAUGUGUUGUGUGAAGAAUAUUUUUAUAUUUAAGUUGUAAUUAUACUAAAAUGUAAAUAAUGAAUCUCAGUGAUUGUUUCUAAUAAAUAAUAAUUUACUUUAUUGUAUUUGAA